AUGCUGUUACAAAGGUUGUGGGAGUCUAAAAUGGACUGGGAUGAUUUGGUGUCCGCCGAUGUAUUGAAAGAGUGGAGUGCCUUUGCAAAUAAUUUAAAACAAAUAAAAGCUAUAAAUAUUCCACGCCACGUCUUGCAUCCAUCGUCGAACACUCCAGUGUCAGUGGAAUUACACUGUUUUGUCGAUAGCUCUCAGAGUGCAUUUGCAGCAUGUGUAUUUAUACGUUGUACUGAUCAAGAGGACAACAUAUCAGUCAAGUUAUUAUGCGCCAAGGCUAGGGUUUCCUCUUUGAAACCCAGUACCAUAUCGCGGCUCGAACUGGCUCAGUCAAGUACCAAGGUUUGUCAAUCACUCAAUCAUGGCAUCACCCGAGUAGCCGACUUCACGACUGCGCGUGGCGUAAUCCAGAGGGCCUUAGGCAGGGUCUGCCUGCUCCCAACUACCAAUCCAGAGGACGAGUCUCUUGGUAACAAGGGUUCUCAAGGCAGGGAGUCUGUUCACUCGCACGGCACGUGA